CCUCUCUCUCUCUCACACACACACUCACACUCACACAUGGCAACAGAGCAUCAGCAGCCGGACGCCCAAAUCCCCCCCUCCCCACUCCCCUCCACCGCCGCCUCCGCCCCAUUAGACCCCCCUCCACUCGACAACCCCACCACCGCCGCCGCCGCCGCCACAUCCAACCCCCCCAAACGCCAGCGCCGCCCCAGCGUCCGCCUCGGCGAGAUCGGCGGCGACCCGCCCUACGACGCCGCCCCUCGCCGCCCCACUAAAACCUCCACCUGGCGCUUCCACAAAGAUCCCUCCCUCGCCGCCAAAACCUCCAAGACCCGACCUUUAACCAACCUCGUCAACGGCGCCGCCGCCGCCGCCGACAAUUUCCACGAUUCGCUCGAAAUCGCCGAGAAUUUCAACGAUUUCGGCCACCGCAAGCCCAAAGUGAAGAAGCCCGCGAAAAGGGCACGCACCAAUUGGAACAAAUUCGACCCCUCCGCCGCCCACAACGGCGGCGGAAUUGGAAUUGAGAGCACGAGCUUCCUCCCCGAAGAGAACGAUAACAGUAACGACGAAUUUCGUGAAUUCGAGGGUGAGGGUUCGGAAAGCCCUAAUUUGAAAGACCAGCAGCAGAGCCCGAUCAAUUCCGCGGAGAAUAUGGGAUUGCAGUUUUGGGAUCAACACAGAAGGGGGAAUCGGGCUGAAAUCAACGGGAAUGAGGUGAAUUCGCCGGAGAAGAACAAUGGGGGGAGUAAUUUAGGGGUGAGGGAAUGGUUAGUCGGAUUAGGGCUAGGCAGAUACGCGCCGGUUUUCGAGAUACACGAGGUAGACGACGACGUAUUGCCUAUGUUAACAUUGGAGGAUCUAAAGGAUAUGGGGAUUAAUGCGGUGGGUUCGAGGAGGAAAAUGUAUUCCUCCAUUCUCAAACUAAGAAAAGGCUUUUCCUGAUUUUGUGAUGUAUGGAUAGUAGUUUGUCUACUUUUUUUGUGCUGUAUGGAUUGGUUUUUUCUUACAAUAUUAACAACUUGAGCAAUAAUGAUAUAUAAUUAUGUGGUGAACUA